UAAGUUUGUGGACACGAAGUUGAUAGUUUAAUCACACCACUAGUCAGUUCUUUGUCAUCGCCCAACGAGCAGCUGGAAAAAAUUUGGGGAGAGCUGCAUAUUUUCAGUUGAUUAAAUAAAAAGUUGACAUUACGAAGAAUUGAAAAAGGGAAUAAUAACCAGUCUUUUUUCGUCAUAGCUUUCUAUUUUUUCUUUUAGGAUUGUGCUAUUUUGUUCGAGUGUAGAAAAUAUACGUUAGGAAGUAAAUAAACCGAAUAAACAUACGCGGCAGUAGCAAAAACCCUCUACUGAAAACUCUAACGGGUGGAUGUGACGUUAAAGUGGCGAUACAAAAGAAAAAAGAACUUAAACAACAACCUAAGCAGUGAAAAGCAAAUAUUGUAGCGAUGGAUAUUUUGGACAUCGAUGAAGCGCUAAAAGAUGAUUCUUUUAUUUGCUUGGAAGAUAAAACACACGAUGACGUUUCGAAUAUUUUGCAACAAUGGAAAAGCAACAAUUGUCUUCUACCAGCACAGUAUCAGCAAGAACAAGCCUACAAACUCAAUUCAAGAACUUUUACUCGUCCACGCAGGAAGUCAACGCAAAAUUUAGAGCAACAUUUCGCUCACAGUUCCGGAAACCAUGGCGUACAGACAGCGUUUCCCAUACACCAAGAACAGCUGCAACAAAAGUUCACAAUUGCAACGCCACAGCCUGCAUUUAAUUUGGAAAUAGGCGGUCUUGUUACAACAAUGCAUAAGUCGUUUUUGCAAGACACCUCACCACCAUCAUCCAUAUGUUCCUCCAUGGAGAUGUCAAUGGAACGCAUGAAUAACUCCUUAAUCACAUCUGCCGACUUCACUAACAUAAAUUUCUUACAAUCAACACAAAGCCUUGAUUUUAACGAACCGACACUUAAUGGCAGCGAAUUAUUUAACUUAGCGAAUAAGGCAACCAGUGAUGGGUAUACUUUAAGUGACAUGAUACGCGACCGCAAAGCAUUAGAAUCGUUAACACUGUCGGGCGAUGGAACACUAAUUAAAGAUUCACAUAUUGGCCAGAUCGAUGAUAUAUCGCUCGCUUUUAGUAAAACUGCGUCCGGUUCUAGUACAAUGGAUAAUUCCACGGAGAGCAUGCAAGAGGAUCAUCAGCAACAACAGCAACAACAACGAAACGUUAUAACAGCAGCACCAAAUGCACACACAGUGGGCGUGUUUGGCAACAGUGCGGCCGCAAGCAAAAGCAACAUUAUGCAUCGUACAAUCUUGCUUAGCGAUGAGGUAAUCGGCGAUACAACUUUUGAAUUGGUUGAGAGUAGUCUAUGUGAGAACAAUAUUAACGGUAUUAAUGGUAAUGAUAGCGCAGCACCAACCAUGACAACAAAUUCAGCAAAUGAGACCUUCAAACGACCUUGGAACAUGGAUGAAACUGUCUGCAUACCGAAUAGAGCAAAUGCAACAUACGAAUUCAAACAGUUAACACCAGAUGCGCGUCUAGUAUCAUCGGAAACGCGUUGUGAGACACCGGAAAAUAUGGCGGAAACCAUAGCUGCACGCAAGUUCUACGAAUCAACACCGCAUACUGCCGGACUGUACGCAGGCGCACAACCAAAUACACCAACCACGUCGAAAUUGUAUGGGGAUGAAGUGAAUAUAUCGCCAAUAGUGGCUGCAACGGAGCAAGUGAAUGCCAAUGCCACGCAUGUCCUUAGUGGAACUUUCGGUGAAGAGCGUGAUGUAAAAAAAGUGAAUACGAAAACUUUUUCCGGCACACUACCGCGACUUGAGAGUAUCGAGCAAAUGCUAGAUGAUAUUGAAAAUCCGAAUGAGACGUACGAGAAAUCCGGUGCAAAAACACAAGUGCUACAACAAAGCGCCGCCGACAUACAAAUGCAGAAUGUGUUGGAAUUGGCGCAUGCCGAAGAGGAGCUUUUGGCUAGCAAUAACGAUCAGGAAUUCGAAGAUAUGCUGGAGGAGUUCAGCAAAGUGGAAGUGAAUGCGGAGCAUGUGAAAAUGAAGAAAUCCUUAGAGACAAUAAAAAGACGCUUUCAACGCGACCCCACAACUUCAACAAAAGCGCCCACUUUACAACAGGCACAUAGCACUGACGAUGCCACGCAUAAGCCAACAGAAAUGCAGGCGAUCGACGAAUGCGAGCAACGGCGCAAUGGUAGCUAUAUCAAGGCUGAUGUAACUGCUAGCGUAAUUAGUGAUUGUACAGCGCCAUCUGGCGUAUCGUCACCCUCAUCCGCAUCAAUAUCCGCCUCUUCUGCAGCAUCUUCAUUGGCUACCAGUGGUAUUGGUAAUAGUAGCGGCGCAGGUGCACGUUUGCUUAGUCGACGCAGUCGUCUAUAUGAUAAUAUAAAUCUCUCAACGAUUUCCGCCGGUAGCAGCAAUACGCAAUCGCCAUCACGCUCACUGGGUGCCUCGUUCACAGUGCAUAAACGCGAUGAUAGUGCACAAGAGAAUUGCGCGAUAGCUGACGCAACAGCAAAGCAAGAGACUGAUUAUAAAAAUGAGCAAGAAGAAAAUAAUUUUGGCAAGACUGAAGGCGCAAUUGAAAAUAGCAACAACAUUGCGACUACGAACUACAACGGUGUGGGUACAUAUAAACUCUCCGAACGGCGGGAGCGUGAUCGUGAUCGUUUCAAAACAAUCAAAAUCGUGAAAGCACGCAACGUGAAUGAGGAUUUAGUAGCAGUGAAUGUGCCUUGUAUUGAUGAUGAUGACGUCUCGUUAACUGCCGACGGUGGUACGACAGUCUUCAACAAUAAUAAAUCGGAAAUCGAAAACGAGCAAAAGCUGAAGUCGUGCAUGGAUAGCCAAAGCACCGUUACGCGUCCAACGACUGCUUCAAAAAUAAAUCCGAAUUUCCUAACCUACAAAAAGCCGAAAGACAAACCAACAAAUGUGGCUAAUUUGCCGGAGAUAGUUAGCGCACCGUUACCGAGUGCAGCAGCUAACGGCAGCAGUGAGGAACUUGAAAAUCAGCCAAUACCACCUAGUCGAUUACGUUCACGUUCGCGUCCGCGUUAUAUAUCGGGUUUGCAAAAGAUGACCGUCGUAAAAGCAACAUCGGCUGGCGACUUGGAUCGUGCCACAGCGCUUGGCAUACGACCGCCUACUGCUAGCGUCAGCCAUGCAGCGUUAGAUACGACGCAGCACAUCAAUGCUACGAUUGUGGCCGAGCCUACUAAAUAUAGUCGCAACGCGCAACCUUUAAAAACUACAACAACAGCUGAGGUGAAAAGUCCCAUGGGCACAAAAUCGAAAUCCUUCCACAAUUUAUCAAGCAAUUUUGGUUUUAAUGGCGGCACUGGCUUACACGGGCCACGCACCAACAGUUUGGGUUUGAAGAAACCCACCGUUUACGAAGACGCUGGUGCUGCCAACGAUCGCAUCGCGAAUGGUCUGUCGUCGAACUCCAUACCUCCACAACAGGCCGACGAUGCUGUCUUCAAAGUUCCCAAAUUGGUGUCCGGGCUACGUGCGCCUGGCGCCAAACGUGCCGGCUUAGUGCGUCCUUCCUCCGCUUACUACAGUCUCAACAGUCUGGCCGUUAAGGGUAUGCCAUCACUAUCGCAACCGCCGUUAGUGAACGACACCGACUCGGAUGGCGGCCGACAUUCGCCCACCGAUAGCAUGUCUUCAGCUUCGUCACGUGGCAGCAUACAAAAUGGCGGUAUAAUUGUUGAAAAACCUUACAACGCUAAUGCUACAACAACAAAAUCAACUAAUAUCACAACAAAUGCAAACACCUUGAAUCUAACUAAGUUCACCACUGGCUCAAAGGGCAUACCGAAGCCGUCUGGUUUGCGGCCACCAACAACAAACAUCAAGCGUAGCGGUUUACCGAAACCAGUAACAGGCCUGACACGACGAUAAACCUUACCAUACUACAUAGCUACACACAUUAAAUCGACAUAUUAUAUGUAUAUGUACUAACUACUAAGCGACACAUAUAUACAUAACUAGCUAUAUACUAUACAUAUAUUUAAAAACGUGUAAAUCAAACGAAAGUAUGUAAAAAUAGUUGGCAAUGUUACCACGUAAUUGUUAGAAAAAAAAUGUAAAGCAUAACUACGAGCAUUGCUGUAUGCUCUCUAAGUUGCCACAACGUAUAUUAUUUUUAUAUAAAUUUUUUUUUUUCUUAUUACGACACCAAAUCGAUACUAGUACUUUAUGUAUUACUCAGAAGACAAAAAAAAAACGGAAACAUAAAACACAAAAGCAAUGAACAAAAAACUUGUACUGUAUACAUAAUUAUAAAUUUCUGAGAUACGUCAAAUUCGAAUAUUA